UUUCACUUCUCAAUAGACUCGUACAUAAACAGCGUAAAGCCCCGAACUCGAAAUAUCCCCUCCAAAAACCCUAAAAACCUCUCUCUCUCUCUCUCUCUCUAUAGCUCUACCUCUUGACAAUGGCGACGGCUUCCUUGGACGAAGAAACAUCGAAGAAAGUACUUCGACAGGUCGAGUUCUACUUCAGCGAUAGCAACCUUCCAAGAGACAACUUUCUCAAAAAAUCCAUUAACGAGAGUGAAGAUGGAAUGGUUAGCUUGGCAUUGAUAUGUUCGUUUGCUCGGAUGAGAAAUUAUCUCGAUUUGGGAGAUGUUAAGCCGGACAAUGUGCCUGAGGAUACUUUGAAGGCCGUUGCCGAGACUCUCAAAAUAUCCAAAUUUUUAAAGAUUUCUGAAGAUGGGAAAAGGGUUGGUAGGAGUAUUGAACUGUUGAAACCGGAUGAGUUGAUAGAGCAGUUGGAUGUUAGAACAGUAGCUGCGUUGCCGUUUGAGUACGAUGUGAAGCGGGAAGAUGUGGAAGCUUUCUUUAAUCAAUAUGCCAAGGUUAACAGUGUGAGGCUUCCUCGUCACAUUGCUGACAAAAGGUUUUUCUGUGGUGCGGCUUUGGUUGAAUUUUCUAAAGAGGAAGAUGCUGAAAAGAUACUAGAGCAAAGCUUGGUUUAUGCAGGUGUUAAGUUGGACCUAAAACCAAAGAAGGAUUUUGAUGCAGAAAGAGAAAAGGAGGCGGAGGAAUUUGAGAACUCCUGUCCCCUCACGAGUUCAAAGGGAAAGAAUUCCUCAAACACAGAAGCGAAUUACCCCAAAGGUUUAAUUGUUGCAUUUGCGGUAAAGAGGAUGUCAGGUGAAGGUUCUGAGAAACAAAAUGGGACUCACGAACCAGCCACUCACGAACCAGCCAGUGAUAACACAGAUGCUGGAAGAGCUGGUGCAGAUCUUGGUUCCUCCGAUAAUGCCACUGAAGAAACCAUUCAGCCUUCAAAGGAAGAAAUCCCUAGAGAGAAUGUCGACAAUGGAAAUGACUCCGAGAGUGAUGGAAAGGAAACUAAAGAGGGAGAAAAUUCUUCUGAAAAUCCUGUUGCAGAGAAAGAAGAGAACGGAGAAAGACGUACUGCUGCUGACUACAAGGAUGACAUGGAUGUAGUCUUGCGUGAGGAUCUCAAGGCCGUUUUCCAAAAGUUUGGCACUGUCAAGUUUGUCGAUUUCAAGAUAGGGGCAGAAUCAGGGUAUAUUCGAUUCGAAGAACCCGAAGCAACUCAGAAAGCUCGUGCUGCUGCUGUCCUGGCUGAAGAAGGCGGUCUGGUCGUGAAGAACUUCAUUGCUACUUUGGAACCGGUCACUGGUGAUGCUGAAAGGGAUUAUUGGGGACUACUUCGUGGUAAUCAAGAUAAGCAUCGUGAUUUUAAGGGUAACCGGGGAAGGGGAGGUAAACACAAUAGAGGCCGGAAACAGAGCCGCUCAAGAGAUAAUGACGCGUCAGCCGGUCGGCCAUCUAAAUCUCAGAAAGUUUGCAGAUAGAGAGUAUCUCUAAACCUUAAACCUUAAAACUCAGUUUUGGCAUCAAUUUUGUUUGAUGCUUAACUUAGCAGAGAUCUGUGGCUAUCAAGCAAUCAGCUUCAUCGCCUGUUGUCCGUCAAGCUUCAAUUUAGAUUUUUUUUUUCGUGGCUUGUGGAAGAAUCUAUUUAUCUUGGAUGCUUUUGUACCAGUGUAACUUAAGUCAUUUAAUAAGACUUCUUUUUCUUUUUAUUUAUACAAAUGGCUUUCGAGAUAACCAUUCUUAUGAAUCUUGAUU